AUGGAUAGCGGAGGGGCCCCAUGUCUCGAGAUCAGUGAGGCAGAUGCCAAUUGGGAACUGAUCCGGGACAAGGUCAUCGAGGAGCGCUUUGGGCCCACCGUUGUGCCAGUCCCCUUCCUGGAAGACGCCGCCUCCUACGAUCUCCUGACAGUGCUGAUCAAGAAGCCGCAGCUGGGGCAGAACCCCCUGCGCAGGCAGUGCUGCCUGGUGCCCAUCGGGCCCCUGGAGAGCCUGCUGCCCGGAGGCAUGGCCCCGCGGGAGCUGACCCACUGCACCCGCGAGUAUAGUGCCCGGGUGAGGGGCGAAUCCCGCUACGAGGAGACGCGGCUGGUGGACGGGGCCCUGCGGCACAUUCGCCUCAGCAUGGCUGGUGUCCACAAGAAAGUGGCCUUCCUGGUGCUGCGCCCUGGGGCAGUGGCCCUGCGCCCUGACCUGCCAUGGCUCCGCUCCCAGAGCAGCGUCUAUGUGGUCCAUGAAGUCUUCUAUGCCAGCAGCCUGUCGCUGGCUGUCACCCAGGGAGCCGAGCACCGCCGCUUCCUCCGGGAGCAGCCCCUCCCCGUGGCCUUCUCCUGCCUCAAGUUUGCCCUUGGCCACAAAGGCUUGCUAGGCUCCCAGAAGCCUGUGGGCCGCACCCUGCCCGCCCGGGCCACAUGGGUGAGGAUGGCGGCGCCGGAGGCCUCCCCCACCACCGGGCCUCUGGAGCCCCCCCUGCCAAGAGACAGCACAGCCAUUCGCAAGCGCUGGAGGGCCCUGGGCAGGCCCCUGCGGACAGUGGCAGGGAAAUGGCCCUUCAAGCAGCGACGGCCCAGGCUGGGGCCCUCCUGCAGCGGCAGCCUGGCUGAUCCCGAGAGGCACUCCAUGUCCCUGCCGCUCCUGCAGAGUGUCACGGCCGAGAGUGACACGGAAGAGUGA